AUGAAAAGAAUAACUAAGGCUGUCGAAACUCUUGAAAAACAUUUUAGUAUUUUAUCUUGUAUUUAUGCUGAGUUGUUAAAGCUUAGUUUUCAAUUAGAAAACCUUAAAAAACGAAAGCCAGAAUUCUUAUUUUCUUUACUUUAAUAAUGAUACAUUUCUUGCAGUUAAUAAUUAUGUAUAAUAAUAAACUUUUAAGAAAAUCGAAAAAACAAAUAAAAGAUAUUUUUAAAAAUUAAAAUAUAUUUUUUUAUUAAAAAAUUUAAUGAAAUAAUAAUAAUAAUAAAAGUAUGAACAUUUAUCAUUUAUAAGAUUAAAAGAUGAGAAGAAAUAGUGUUAUUUAACUUAUAUCAAAUAAAUUUAUAUGCAUUAUAAAAAACACCUAAAUUAAGAAUUCUAUAGUUUUUGUUCAUUAUUAAAUGAUGGAGAGAUAUAGGAGAAAUUGUUGAAAGAGAUUAUUUUCAAGAUUUAGCUUCUUUGCAUAGCUUAUUUGUAGAUGAACUCAAAAUCCCUACCUUCGAUAGCAAUUCUUCACAUAAACAAUUGCUAAAUAAGCUUCAGUAUUUUAUAAAUAAAUCAAAGCUUCAGUCAUACGCAGAUCCAAACAGUUUUAAUAGUACACUUUCUACGUUAAAUAGAGCACUUGAGGAGAAAAUUAAUCUUUUCAAAGAGUCAAAGGCAGGAAUUUUAGUUAUAAUAGAUUCAUUGACAAAAAAUGAAUCAGUUUUAGAUGAAUUUAGUUAUGAAACAAAAGAGCUACUAGCUCCCCCCCCCUCCGUGAGUGAAAAAAAACCAUUAGAAAAAUCGCUAUAUUUUUUGCCCAAAAACCCAUCCUCCGUGAGUGAACAAAAAUUUUUUUAUGGAAAAAAUUUUUGAUAUAUAAGUGAUAAUUAGCAUAAUGAAAUCUAGUGCUAAUUCUGUUUAAUUUUAAACAAAUUGCUUUUUAAAACAUAAAUUUUAUAAAUUAAAUUAAUAUCUGCUUUCCAAUUUUCGCGAAUUAGGAUUUUUUUAAAUUUCGAAAAAAAAAAUUUUUUAUAAAAAUUAUAUAUACAUUUUUUUAAAAAAAAAAAUUAACCCCCCUCGUGAGUGAACAAAAUUUUUUGUUCAUUCACUGAGGGGGGGAGUAAGACAUAAGAAUGAAACAAUUAUUUAUUAUCAUCAUAUUAAGGAAUUAAUUGAAAUAAAACCUGAAGCUCGAUCUCAAAAGCUAAAAGAGAUUGAUAAGCAAUUUAUAGUCCUACAAAAAUUACACUUAGCAACAAUUGCUACUUUUUCAAAGGAUGUAAAAAAAGUGCAGGAAAAUGAAGAAGAGAAAAAUGAAUGUAAACCAAUAGAAGAAGCUUCAAAUAAUGAAUUAAAAGAGCUAGAUGAAGAGACUGAAAAUAAUGAUAUGUGGUGUGUGAUUGAAGGAGAAGGAGGAAAAGACCAAAAAAGAAAAAAGAAGAUUCAAACUGAAGAUUAUAUCACUGAAAAAAUUGGUGAGCAAACAAUAGAAGAACUAAAAACAAAGUUAAAGCAGCCAAAAGGACCUGUUCUAUAUAAAGCUGUUGACCCAGAAACAGGAAAAGUUACAACAUCACAAGAUUAGAUUAGACGAGAUUAAAAGUUGGAAUUGGUAUUCGGGGUUUAUUUGAGCCCCUCUCCGCAUUUGCCGACUUCAGGCUCCUCGCCCUAGGCAAAGGUUUUCACUUACACCCUUUUCUGUCAACAUCACCAAAAAAUGGUGAAAUCGCUAUUUCUUGGGGAGACUCGUCCAGGUACUUCCUUGGACUACUCCUAGCGGUCGGCAUGAUCUAUUCGCGAAUGGGAGAUGAAAAAUAUUCCAAAUCCCCUUCUGAUCCCCAUUACCCUUCGCAUCCAGAAGUGUAGAAUUCUCUUUGCGGACCCUGGCUUCCUUGUCUAUAUUGCGGGCUAAAAAACCUAUAGGUGUCCCGACCAGUAAGAGAAAACCCACCCCGACACAAGUUCAAUAUCCCAGCUCUUUUCAACCCAAAAAACCCUGAGCAUAUGGAGAAGGACGGGUAAAUAAGUCGCUAUUUUAUUCGUGUGCAACAUCACAAGAAGAAAUCUAUAAACAAUCAACUAUCUCGGCUAUAGCACCUAAAGAAAUAAAUAUGAAUUUCGAUCCAGUUCCUCAUGUAUCUAUGAACAGUUUGAUGUCAGAACUCAAGCAAGCAUUUAAAGUAAAUAAAGAAAGCUUGCCUUCAAUCUAA